CCUGACUCGGCUUACGUACUGUACACACAUGUCGUCAUGUUCAAGAAACCUUUACAUGUCAAACCUUCCGCUCCCAUAAAGAGCUCUGAGUGCCGCCGUCUGAGGGCAGAAAUUGUCUCUAAGUAUAUCACGGGGGCUGGUGGAGAUGCCUCAGACCAGAGUCUCCAACUAGUGCCAGAUGGUUUGCGAUCCUCCAGAUUCUCAGUGCUCUCUCGUGACCACUUCGGUGUUCUCUACACCUCCUCGGACAAUAUACCAUUAUGGUUUACCCUCGAGAAGAGCAACGACUUGAUUCCUACCCUCUACACCCUCUGGAAAUUCGAGAUUCUCCCCAUCUUGACAACUCCCCCAACGGCUAUCGAAAAGAUUCUGGGUGGUGCAGACCUGAUGAUACCAGGAAUUAUUGAAAACCACGAAGAUGGGAACAUCCCGAGCAUCCCUCUGAAUGGUUUUGUGGCUGUCGCGCCAGCGCGUUCAAGAGUACCCCUGGCCAUAGGCCGCAUGGCGAUCAAUACGGACGAGGUCAGGCGGGAAUCCAAAGGCAAAGCCGUCUAUAUUCUUCACACCCAUAAAGACUCGUUGUGGGGUUUGGGACCUGAUAACGCUGUUCUUCUCUCAGCUCCAAGAAUUGACGGAGUCGAGGUGCAUUCAAGUUCGGGUAUGUCGGAUCGUGCCCCUGCCCCUGAACGGAACAUCGCUGUCAACAUGGAAGACCUAUCAGUCGAGGAACAAAAUCUCCCGUCCAAUGGGACAGCCCCUGAGGUCGAACAGAUAACACCCGAAGAGGCAGACGCAAUAUUACGCACAGCGCUCGUCCAGGCAAUCACAACAAUUUCGAAAUCAUCUACUGUCCAUUUCCCUAUCUCAUCAUCUGCAUUCUAUUCCACUCAUAUCCUUCCUUCCCGCCCUGCGCCUCCUCUGAGCGAUCAAUCUUCUGCACCGCCGGACCUAAUCCGACGCUCGUCAUUCAAGAAGCUCACCAGGUUCCUCCAGCAUGCAGAGAAAAUAUCGCUCUUGAAACUCAAAGAUAUGAAAGGAAACCUCAACGUGGUGAGCUUAAAUGCGAACCACCCCGACGUUCUGGCACACAGGCCAUAUCGCACUAUAGCUGAUGCAGAAGCGCAGGAAGCACGAGAAGAGAAGGCGGCGAAGGAGGAAGCCGAAAGAGUACAACCCAUGAUCAUCGAGGAGUUGUUCAAACCCGCAGGACCAACACGGGAUUUUGUCGAGAAGGCCUCGGAACGAACAGAUGGCCUGUAUACCACCGGGGAUCUCAAGACAUUCAUAGACACAUACAUCGCGGCAAAUGGGCUAAUCCAUCCUCGCGAACGCGGCUACGUCACAGUAGACGUAGUGCUUCGUGAAAUCCUCCUCAACAAGAACGAAGAUGCAGAGUUCCUGAAGCGAGAAGAGUUAGUUCCUAGGCUGAAAAAUGCAAUGCAAAAAUGGCACUCUGUUAAGGUCCCUGGGGAGGAGCCAAGAUUGAGGAAAGGAGAGCUCAAACCGAUUGUAGUGAUGACGAAAUUGAGAUCCGGGAGAAAAGCAUGCACGCUCAUCACUGGCUUCGAAACAUACUUGAUCCCUCCCGAAUUUCUCACUGAAGAGUUACGCAAAUCAUGCGCAGGUGCGACAUCAGUAACAGAAUUACCUGGGAAGGCAGGGAAAGAGGUAAUGGUACAAGGCAAGCAUAUCAACAUGGUGAUGGAGACGCUGAUUAGUCGCGGUGUACCGAAAAGGUGUAUAGAGGUGCGUGACACGAUGAAGUCCAAGAAGUAAAACUGCAUUUCCCUUUAUUACGCAAAAUGUAUGCCGUUCUCAUGAAAUGCAUGAAGCAGCUUUAAGAGGUCAUUGAUAUCCAUUUUUGCGGGACGUUGUUCUCUGAAGCCUGACUCUUCUAAUAUCCCU